UAAGUAUUGGUUCUACGUUUUUUAUAAUAUAAAUAUAAUUGAAUGUUGUGUUCUCAAAGUUUUGCUCAGAGUAAAAAAUAGUUUAAUGGUUGUCUAAACGAUGUUGCUGUUGUCUUGAAGUUUUAAGUAGUCGUGUUUUUGGAUUUUGAUCUGAGAACGCCAUCGAUCCGACCCGGAUCGUUUUGCCUGUACGCGUCAAAUAAUAAUAUUGACGCCGAGCACUAUCGAGAAUUUCGAUAAUCGUCGUAUCCGGUCGAUUGUGUACACAACUACAGACUUCCCACAAGCCGUCUUGUACUCGCAUGUUAUUACAUGUCAUGGCAGGCUCGUUGUGUUUUGUUCGGUCAAUGCCCAAUGGCCGUUCGCCAGUAGUGACUCGUCGUGGACUGUGUUGACUACGUCACUUUGUUUUAGCUUGGACCGCAUCAUAACAUUCUUAUCGAGUGCGUCGAACGUUUUAACUCAUUUUCUGACAUUGUUUUCGCGUCCAGUGAAACUGUAUUCAUUACAAACAGUUUCCACUGCGGUUUUGGUUGUUGGCAGUUUUUUCACGAUAUGGUCCAUACCGAGGUUCAUACUUUGAAAAGACAAGUGAACGAUAUGAAUACUAAUAAUGAUUUGAACGACGAUCAAGAUGCCACCUGGGGAGGCAAAAGGACUAGGUAUAUUUACAACUAUGCUUUGGAAUGUACUGAUGAUUUGAUUUCUCACACAGAAGAUGAUUCAGAUGUCACGGAAAGUGUACAUAGUGUUCAAUCAAAAACUACAAUGGAAGCAAUAAGUGAAGCAGAUCUUUCGUCAGAUAAAAGUUGUGGAAGCGACUGUGACUGCAUUGGUCGAACUAACCACACAGAAUUUGAUGUGGUCAGCACAUCAUCUUCUUGCCAUAUAGAAUCAAAUUCUUCAGAUUCCUCAACGUUGAUAGAUUUUGAGGUGACCAAUAAUAUUAUAAAUUGUGAUGAUAUACCAGACAAUGGAUACAAUCCGGACGACACUGAUGGAAGAGUAACACCAAAAACAGAUUUACCACCUCCAGCAUGUUUUAAAACGUGCUUGCAAUGCAGGAAGGAAAACCCUAAUCCCUACUUCCAAUACUGUUUUGUUUGUUUUCGAUAUAGAAUGGAAUUUUUUGGGAGCAAGCCUCGGCCCAAGAUAAAAAAUGUCAAACGUUUAAACAAUGUGUCCAAGCCAAAAAAAGAAUACAACAUACUUGAAGAUUCUCAGAAAUCCGGUCCAUCAAAUUCUCAACCGGGUGUUUCAACUCGUAUUGAAAAUAGUAAUAACAUAUGUAACAUAUGUUACAUAAUGCCAAAAAAUGGUGUAUUUAACCAUGGUAAAAUUGGCCAUAUUUAUUGUUGUUACUCAUGUGCUAAAAAAUUGUGGAGAAAAUCAAAUAAAUGUCCCUUAUGUAAUGUUAGAAUUAAAUUUGUGACAAAAAUGAUUGUUGUCUAGUAAUUAUUAUUGAUUUAUUUAUGUUUUAAUAUUUUAUAGUACAUUUCUAGCAAAAUUUUAUUAUUGUAUAUCUUUCUAAUUUAUUUAUUAUUGUUUAUUAUCAUCGUAUACAUCUAAAGUUUAUUGUUGUUUAUUAUUGUUUACUAUUUUAUGAUUGUAGUAUAUAGUAUUCUAUACUCGGUCUCAUAAUAUAAGGGUAAUCUCAGACAGUGGCAAUAGGUUAUAAACUGAUUUAUCAAGUGGUGUAGUCUGACUUUACCUCAAAAAAUCGAUCUUCGCCUGAGGUUAUUCUUAUAUGAAAAAGACUACAGUGAGCUAGUUUAUUGUUUAAUUUUUUUUUUUGUAAAUAAUUGUGGUGAUAUUUAUAAUAAUUUUUAUAACUGUGGUUAUUUUUAAACUGGUUUUUUAGAUUUGCACAUAAACUGUAUUUGAUAUAUUAAAAUAUUUUUCUCAUACUACUUAGUAAUUUAACAAUAAUUGAUAUAACUAUUAGAAUUCUUAAUACUUAAUAUUAAAUGUACUGUAACUUAUUUUAAAUGUGAGCUUGUUUUAAACUGAAUACAACGAUUAGUCCAGAAAAUAAGUAUAAGUUUCAUAAAACCAAAAUCUUCUAACUAAGAAACAGUAAGAUCUUUAAAUACCAUCCUGUAAUAAUUAAUAUAAGUAUUUUGAUACUUAUCCAAGCUCCGACAUUGCUUUGUAGGAUUUUGGGUUUUAUUGAUAUUCUAAUAAUUAAAUAACUGAACAUACAAGAUGUACUUUUAAGUUCAUUUACUCCAUUCAUAUCAUAUAUUUUAGUUUAUUUGCUUGAAAUGGUUAUCCUAAUGGGUUUCACUCGUUAAUGUGGUCCUAAAGUUGAGGUAUUUUUUAAGCACGAGUAUUGAUAUGAUUCUUUACAUAAUAUUGUUCUUUGUUUAUGUUUUAAUAUUGUUAAUUUUGAUAUUACAGUAUACUAGCUUAAUGUAUAUCAUGUGUUAUUGGUAUAGUAUUAAAUGUAUUAGAUGAUAAAUAUUAUUGUAUUGAUGUACUUGGUUUACCAAACCUUUUUUUUUUUUUUUUCGUAUUAUCGAGGACCGGGGAGAGAACCGCGAUUUGCAUUACAGCUCCUCGGAAACCUUGAGUGAUAGUAAGUUCUUAGACUAAAUCUUCUAACUUGAAUGAUUUCUUCAAUUUAUUUAUCAUUUAAUGUAACUACUAUUAUUGAAUUAUGUUUAUAUCUUGUUAAUUUUUAAGCUUUAACAUCAAAUUGUUUUUGUAUGCUGCCAUAGAACACAUAUAAUAUAAUAUAUUAUUUUUAUUUUUUUGUAUUUAAAUUAAAUGCCUAGUUAAGUUAAAGAUUCAAAAUUUAUAAAAAUAUUUUAUAUUCUAGUGGUACAAGUUAAUGCGUUAAAAUAAAAUUAUUCUUUAUUAAAUUUAUAAUAAAAUUGGAACAAAUAAUAGAAGCUUUAAUAUUAUUAAAAUUGUCAUUCUGCUAGUAUAGUAAACACUUAAUAUAUAAUUAUUUUUUCUUGUAGUUAAAUUAAAUUCUUCAAAGUA